UGACAUCCUUACAGUUUUCCCAAUGAAGUUUCAAGUUCUGAAAAGAGCACUAACAUCAUGCUUGUUUGCACUGAGAAGAGCAGUCAGGCAUUUGCUCUUAGGAGCUGGAGUUCAGCUGUAGGUGGGAGACUGUGCUCAAGAGCUAUUGAUGGAUUUCUAAAAACUGAUGAAAGRCAAAGACUGGCAAAGGAAAGAAGAGAAGAAAGGGAGAAAUACCUUGCUGCUAGGGAACAGCAGAUACUGGAGAAGGAGAGAAGAGCAAAACUUCAAUAUGAAAAACAAAUGGAGGAGCGAUGGAGAAGACUGGAGGAGCAGAGACAGAGAGAGGAGCAGAAGAGAGCAGCUGUUGAAGAAAAACGGAGACAAAAGCUUAAAGAGGAGGAGGAGCGUUUAGAAGCCAUGAUGCGCCGGUCCCUUGAACGCAGCCAGCAGCUGGAGCAGAAACASAAGAGAUGGUCGUGGGGAGGAGCACUGGCUGCAGGCUCAGGAGGCAGAGAUGCAUGUGACAAACUUUCAGCUUCUACAAUGAAYCUGCCCAAGCAAAUGGAGUCUCCAAUCAGUAAACGCCUCUCGUCCUCCACCGUGGCCAUAACCCAUUCCCCUGACAGAGCUCACCGCAUGCAUCUUAGUCCAAUGGAAAACUUUCUUGUUUCUCGACUGCUGACUCCCACACAGUCAUCUUUAGCCAGAAGCAGAAGUACAUUAAUGCUUUCUGAGCAGUACAAUACUCCAGUAUUCCAUAUCUGUCCUCGUGUAGCACCAGCCAGUCCUCUMAAAUCUCCCUACAAGCCUUCCCCUACCCGAAACACUGAGAGGAAAAAGGCAACUUCACCCUCCACUGCCAAUGCCACCAAAGGGRCACCUGCAGCUGAAAUUACUCAGACUGAGAAGAUAAAGAAAGAGAAGAGACCUGCAACUCCAUCAUCUGGUAUGGGAUCUCCUCUGAGAAGGUCUGAUUCUCCUGCUGCAAUGUCCAGAAGAUCUGCAUCCCCUGCAACACCUAACAGGACAGUUGCAAAGACUUACCCUCAGUCUCCUAAAAACACCAAACAAUAUCCAGCUUCUCCUGUGAAGCAUCGUGCCACUUCCAGUCUCAGCCAGGAAACACCUAAAAAGAAAGCAGACAAGGAGAAAGAAAAUGUCACUCAGGCCAAGUCCCCAGGAGCACGUGCUGAGGAUGCAGCCCAGGUGCCUUCUGGAAAAGCUGAGAGCAGUGAAGGCAAGAUCACAGCAGGAACAAGUGAUGCAGAAGAAGCAACAAAAAUUCUGGCUGAAAAAAGACGACAGGCCCGCCUGCAAAAAGAACAAGAGGAAAGGGAGAGACAGGAAAGAGAAGAACGGGAGAGGCUUGAAAGAGAAGAACAGAAAAGAAAGGCAGAAGAAGAAAGACUUCGUGUGGAAGAAGAAGCUCGUAAGAAGGAGGAGGAAAGAAAACGUGAAGAAGAAGCAGCUAGAAAGAAGGCAGAGGAGGAAGCCAGGAGAAAAGCUGAGGAAGAGCAAAUGCUAAAGGAAAAGCAAGAAAAAGAGCUCCAAGCCAAACUGGAGAAACAGAGGGAGGAAGCAGAAAUCAAAGCCCGUGAGGCAGCUGAACAACUUCGUCUKGAAAGGGAACAAAUCAUGCAGCAAAUUGAGCAAGAAAGGCUGGAGAGGAAGAAGAGAAUAGAUGAAAUAAUGAAGAGAACAAGGAAGAGUGAAACCCCAGAAAUAAAGAAGGAGGAGCCAAAACUGGAGAUCCCAUCCACUYUGAAUGUGGAAAAGCAACCAAAGGCACUUGUUCUCAACCAGCCAGAGAUCAAUGGAUUGGCAACGUGCCUGAAAAAUAAAAGUUUAGAAAGUGGUGCCUCAGUAAUCCCAUCCCAAGAUGUGGUUGCCAAUGGACUGAAAACAGUUUCUGCACUUAUUCAACUGGAAGCUGCUGAUGGGAAAUGCAACAGCAUGGAAGAUUCAACAGAUGAGGUUCAGUCCAUGGAUGUGAGCCCCGUUUCAAAAGAAGAACUGAUCUCUAUCCCUGAAUAUUCACCCAUGAAUGAACUCAUGCCGGGUGUUUCUUUGGACCAAAAUGGGACAAGUAAUGCCAAGGCUCUUGAAGACCUCUUGGAUUUCACAGGCCAAGCUACCUACUCCAAGAUGUCCAGUGAUACCCUUAGCCUGGAUGACUGUAACAAAAACUUGAUUGAGGGAUUUAACAGCCCAGGACAGGAAAAUACACUUAAUUCUAUCUGCUGACUCAGCAGAACAGAUACAGAAGUAACAAUUUGUGGAGGAUAUAUAUCCCUGUGAUGCUACUGGCAGUAAAAUAUGAGCUUGUCACUUGAAAAAGCUUCUGCAGUCCUUGAACACUGGAUUUCAAAUAAUCAGAGCUGAAUAAAACUUGUCUUCCCAGGGAAUAUUUUGARUAACUGGCUGCUUUUGGUAGAAACCAAUGAUCUAGAGCCUUGAUGGUUUCAGGGAAGAUGGAACGUGCAUUAGAAUUUGAGCUUUAGCUGCUAAUAAACACUCAUUUCUUCUCCUAAUUUAAAAUUCAUCUCAACACUUCACUGUGAUUUUUACCUGUGCAUUUUAUUUUUAAAUAAUACCUCCCUAAGCUUGAUCAUCCAUUAGACAUCUUUUUUCUUGUAAAUAAUGAUGGGGGUUGCCCACAGUGCAUUGAAACAAAAUAAUACACUGUACCUUAGUUUUGUGCCUAUCUUUUUUGGUCUUUAAUAAGGAAUUAUUGGCUUUCAUGAGGCAUUUAAUUCAAAACUGUAGCUAAAGAGGCUUGAAAAAUAUAUAGCUGCUGGAAUCAAAAGAGCCUUGUUAUUGUCUGUGGAGUGUGGGAGCUAUCCCCUUAUAAUUAUAUUGACACUUUUAGUCACUAGUGGCACUUACUGGUUAAUAUUAAUUAGUCUGGGAGCAACUAUCAACUGUGUUUAAAAACAUGUUUGUGUAACACCUGUAAGCAAAGUAGGAAAAAGGCCAAGUGUAAUCCCUUAAUAUAUUUGUAGUAUAGGUAGUAGAUCUGAGUGAGUGAUCAGGAGGGUGAGGUAACACUUUAAUUUUGAAGAUGCAGACACUKGAUUGUGAUACCAGCAGGCUUUCUAUCACACUGGGAAGUGUUUUGUCUUCCUGUAGGCUCAACAAAACGGGAUUUGGUCAGCAGCAAAACAAUCUGUGAACACUACAGCAGAAACACAAAGGCCAAGAUGCAAAAAGAGAACACUGAGGGCCCUGRAUGUUCUGUAAACAUUGUCUGGAAUAGUUCACAUCAAAUUGGACCAGGUCUGGACAGCAUGGGCCAUGCAGGUGCUGCUGUGAGGACAUUUUGUCAAAUCCCUUACAAGAAUAAAUUAUAAAUACAACUCUCUUUGGACACUAACACAAAACACAUGAAAACUUGGGGGGAGAGGGUGAUUUUCUUUUUUUUUUUCUUUUUUUUUUCCACAUGUAAGAGUUCACAGCGUAGAUUGAGCUCAGUUGUAGCACCAUUCUUGU